CCCAGGAGGACUUGAACACAGCAUUAGUUAACAUUACUUCUCUGGUCAUUACGAAAGAACUUCCGGUCAGCUGAUAGUGUGUCAUCGGUGUUUGCAAACAAAUCUACUGUGGCUUCAUGCUUGCCCCGUCCACUGACAGCACACACCGCCGCGGUCAUGGGAGACAAUGAUGAACGCGAAAUAAUCCAGCACCGCGAUGACGAGGAGAUGGAGAAGACGCGGACGCCGAGGAAUCACGCGCGGUCCUUUCUGGAGAGCGUCGCGUCGUCGGAGAAGGACGGAUACAGUAGCACGCAGUCAUCACACCGCCUGCUCGCCUACAGCGAUGCGCUCAUCUCCAUCAUCGCCACUGUAAUGAUAUUGCCUGUUGCGCAUACAAAAUUUCAGGAUAAUGAGGUGAAAAGUUACAUUAUGUCACCCUUCCAGGAAUAGUUCACCCCUUAUUUUAAGCUAUACCCAUGAGAUUUCCACAGAAGGCAGACAAACACAAAAU